AUGGCACAAGUCAACGUUCCAUCGGCCGCAGACAUCGCUGAAUGCGGCGAACUUGGUGUCUUGACCUACAACUUGACCGACUUGCCUGAAGGUGUCGAUCCAAGAUCUGUGCGCAAAUGUGCCGGCCAUCCUCUCCAAAGGAUCACUCCUGAAAUCGCCGCCCGUGACGGUGCACCAGCUGUCAGCAUCAUGGGCAAACGUGAUUGCUGGUUCGGCUCCCCGUUUGGCUGCACUAACAACUACUACUGGAAGACCUGCGGGUCCAAUGGCGAAUGGUGCUGGACUGCCCGCGACGGUGGCUUUGGUGCUUGGGCUGGUUGCAGUACCUUCCAAGACUGUAGCAUUGACAUUGAUUGUGGACAGGGUGAUUGUGGCCAAUGUGGAUGUAGCUGCUAA